GUCUCCAAUACCCGGCCUCUCUCGUCCCCCUCCUCAUUUUUGUGGCAGGCUCGAAUUAAGAAGAUCAUGCAGACGGACGAGGAAAUCGGCAAAGUGGCUGCAGCCGUUCCUGUGAUCAUCUCUCGUGCCCUGGAACUCUUUCUAGAAUCGCUGCUGAAAAACGCCUGCCACGUGACGCAGUCCAGAAACGCCAAGACGAUGACAACGUCCCACUUGAAACAGUGCAUUGAGCUGGAGCAGCAGUUCGACUUCCUGAAGGACUUAGUGGCCUCCGUGCCGGAUAUGCAGGGAGAUGCAGAAGACAACCACAUGGAGGGGGAGAAAGUUCCCAGGAGGGGCCGGAAGCCGGGCAGCGGGCGCAAGAACGGCGGCACGGCGGGGAAAGGGCGGGAUCCGAAGCAGUCGGGCACGGACUCCGAACAAGAGGAUGAUUCUGAAGACAGCGAGAGCAACGGGGAGGAGGAAAUGUCCCAGACGGCUCCCCCAGUCCGGCCCGCCACGCAUCUUUCUACUGCGCCAGCGCCAUAUUUACACUUCACCUCCCCCCCGGUUUCUGCCAUCCCGAUUCCCGUCUCUGCCCCGGCGGGGGCCAUGCCGGCGGCCCCUCCACCUGCGCCCCUCGGGCCGGUCCGGGAGGAUGAUGAAGAGGAGGAUUCCGCCUCCUACCCCUCGGUCCUGUUUUAGCUGCUGCCACUUUGCGGGGGUGGGGUGGGGUGGGGGGAGAAAAGAGGGGAGGGAGGGAGAGAACAGGGUUUGGACAAGGUCUGUUCUUAAAUUUAUUAAAAAACUAUGAAACUCUGG